GAAGAGCUGAUGAGAAACUGAUUGAACAAUAAAGCUUUUCCAGUUGUCCUGUCCUGUUUGCACAGUGGAAGCCCAGACCUGAGUUUUUAUUUCACCUAAGCAGAAGCGAGCCCACAAGCCAUUUAAUCGUCUUCCAUUAACAGUUAAGCUCUAGAUUCUUAGCCUUACUGAGUAAAAAGAUAGAUGGUGUUUGCAUGAUGCAUGCACUGAGGGUGUUCUUCCUAAUGGCAACAUCUGAGCGAAAGGGGGAUGCCAUCAAGAACUGUGGAGACUACAUACUUGUUUAAAGUAAGAAUAUAUUAAAAAGAAAAAGGUUUUGAAUCAAACCACACUGAAAUCAGAAGUUUGCACAACUCCUCACAAAUCAAGAGCUCCCCAGCCAGAAGGUGCCUUCUUUCCCUGCACAUGACCACUGGUGGUCUUGGUUUCACUGGACACUUGCACAGUGCAGGCUUGGAAGAGGGCAUUAGGACAUUUUUUUCCACUGAAAGGGUUGUCAGGCAUUCGAAGAGGCUGCUCAGGGAAGUGGUUGAGUCACCAUCCCUGGAGGGAUUGAAAAGACCUGUAGCUGUGGCGGUUAGAGACACGAGUGUCCCUGAAGGGUGGGCUUGGCAGUGUUAGCUUAAUGGUUGCCCUUGAUCUUAAGGGCCUUUUCCAACCUAAAUGAUUCUGUUCUUUCUAAGAAAAGGUUUUCUUCCUGUGGUUUUCUUCAGUACUUUAAUACCACUUGAAAAAGCCGAGGAUGGGAUAAAUGUCCCUCCUCCUCUUUGUCGGACACUUGCUCCGUGCUUUGGACUGCCUUCUCCUUUAUCUAGUGGACGCCUCCUCCUCCAUACUUGCAGCUGUUCUUUGUGUUUACACCACUGCGCAGAUUAAACACCUUGCAUCGUGUUUCCUUAACAGACACCACCCCAGUGAAAUGACAACAAGCAGUAUGAGGACGUUUCUGCACAUGUCAGAGGUGGCCAGCUGAAAAAGUGCCUGAACAGAGCACUGGGGUGCCCAACGCCGCCGCCGUCCCCGCUCCUCGCUGCAGACCCCCCUGGAUGCAGCUGGACACAGCACGGUCCCCUCAUUGCCCACAGCCCUUCAACAGCUUCGUUGCCUGCGGGGCGCUGCAGUCCCGCCAGCGGCGGCUCUGCCAGUGAAAAGCAGCAACAGAAGUUGCUCUUCAGCAACUGCUCCUCCGGCUGCUCCUUUCUGCCAGGCCACCGUUUUCAAACGUCACCGUGACGUCGCAUUGUGAUGUCACCACUAUGCAGCACGGGCAUCACAAUGCCGUGCCGGAAUAUCUGCUGGGACCCACAGCCAGCCAGUGCCAGCUGGCCUUUGCUUGCUGACUGGCAGGACCAAGGCCUGGCUCUCCACGGUGCUGGCCACCGAGGCAAGCUUGGCACAAAAGCAAUGGAGCGGGAGCUGUCUGCUCAAGUAACACCAUCCCUGCCUGCUCCAGAGGAGCUGGGGCAGUGGGCAGACACGACUUGUGCUGGCCCUCCAGGACAGGGGGAAAGUGCCCCCCGGGACGCUGCCACGCAAGUGGUAGGGGAGGAGCGGCACGUCCAACCGGGGGGUGACGGACAUGACACCAAACAAGUCCCUCCUGCUUCCAGCAAGAGCGUGGGCCAAGGCAGUGGGCUCCUGUCGCUCCGCUUUCCACAGAAGCUUUGGACGAUGGUGGAAAGCGACCAGUUUCGGUCCAUUUGGUGGAGCAAGGGAGGAAAAUACGUGGCCAUCAACGAGAAGCUCUUCAAAGAGGAGGUGCUGGGCGGGGGAGGACCUCUGCAGGUUUACACCAGGCAGAGCAUGAAGAGCUUCCUUCGCCAGAUGAACUACCACGGAUUCGUCAAAAUGCAAGGGGAUGGCGAAAGAUCUGCCUCCCUGCCUGAGUUCCUGGCAGAAGAAGCAGCAGCUGCUGCUCACAGCAAGGUACUCUACUACUAUAACCCCCUCUUUAACAGAGGGCAUCCCCACCUGCUGGAAAAGUGCCGGAGGAGGGCUGGCCUCAAGCGGAAAGCCCUGGAGAUGGAUGAGGGGCAGCCCUGCAGAAGACCAGGUGGCCAGCCUGCAGGGGACAUGCCAGCGUCCACCAAGCGAUGGGCUGAAGCACCUCCCAGCCUCGGUGCCACCCGUCCAUCUCCACCGGCAGCUGCUCCCGCACUUCCAGAGCCGGCGGGAGCAGCGGGCAGCAAGAACUUCAGCCCUGUGGCCCCCUCCUCCCCACCACCACUCUCAGCUCUGCCAGCGUCCCCAGCACCACUCUGCAGACAAAGCCCUCCAGUCCCCCACUGCCCCACCUGCACCUGCCACCUCAGGACUGCAGACGCCAUCGGACCCCAGCGCGGCACAAUCUAAAGAGACGGAAAGAGUCAGC